AUGGGGAGGAGGCGAGUGGCGGGAUUGGCAGCAGUGCGCGGAGAGAGGGGGAGGGCGGAGCCGGCGGGGGCGAGGGGGAAGGUGGAGGGGGGGAAGGUGGAGGGGGGGAAGGAGGGGGGCAACUCACUGGAACGGACGGGCGGAUGGGGAGCGUGGGGGCAAAUGGCCGCAGUGCUGACGUGGCACAUGAUUCGAAAGCUACAGCAGCGGCAACAGGGUGGGAACUCCACCCACAUGCGGGGGCAGCAGGGCAGGCAGGACAAGCAAAGCUCACUGGGAGCACUGGGGGGGAACUCCCUGGGAGCGCUGGGCGCGCAAGGAGGGGGGCUGCUGGGGUCACUGGGAGUGCAGGGAGCGAUGGGGGCGAUGGGACCCGCCCCUGCUGGUGGCCUUGCCAUGGGGAUGGGCAUGGGGGGAGGGAUUGGGGGAGGCGUGGGCGGAGGCGUUGGGGGAGGCGUGGGGAUGGGUGGGGGGUUGGCGCCCACUACGUAUGGUGUGGGCGCAGGCAUGGGCGCAGGGAUAGGCGGAGGCAUGGGCGCAGGCAUGGGCGCAGGGAUGAGCGCAGGGAUGGGCGCAGGCAUGGGCGCAGGGGGGUUGGGGGGGCUUGCUGGGGCGAGCAUGGUGUCGGCUGAUGGGAUCUUCUUGUUUUGCUGCUGUGCCACACUGAGUCAAGACCCGUGGUACUUUGAGAGGAGGGAGAAUGCUGCGCGGCACAGGGUGGACGGCACAGGAGCCGGAGGCGGAGGUGGCGCAGCUGCGCGCCCAGCCCUUCCCCUCUCCUUAACCCCGCCUCAGGCAUACGCAGUGGAGCCUGAAUGCGAAGGUGCCCUGAAGCCUAACCGCAUGAUCCUCCUCCCAUGCCCCCCCUUUCCAACCCUCCAGGCGUAUACAGUAGAGCUGGAGGCAGAAGAGGCGCAGCUGAAGGAAAAGAACGAGCAGCUGCGCGCCCAGCCCUUCCCCUCUCCUCUCCCCCCCCCCCCCUUUCAGGCGUACACAGUGGAGCCUGAAGGGUGCCCAGGAGCGGAGCCACAUGAUCCUCUUCCCAUGCCCUCCCCCCACCCUCCCUCCAGGCGUACACAGUAG